AUGUCACCCAUGUCUAUGCACCUUCCAUCGCUACCAGUGCCCAAAAUCACACGCCACGUCAUCUAUGUUGAUGUCUGCACCUUCCACCGUUACCAGCGCCCUCCAGGUUUGCGGUUCUCUGAAGUUCUUACCUCAUCUUAUGAAGGCCGCAACUUGAUGAUGGAUAUUUGUCGCAGCUCGGAAGCAGAGUUGGGAGCAAUUGGAUAUCCUCCAGAACUCCUCAUUUCAACGAUGUCUCACUAUGCUUUAGAUACAGCCUCUCCAGGACUCCUUGGACUCGGCAACCUCAUUGAGGCAGGCACCACUCCCGCACCAUCAAUAGGUGUUGUAUGGGUGUGGAUCCCCAACUUAUCCGAGGAUGCGAGGGUCAAAAUUUCAUUACUCAUGAAGAACCUCCCAAGUCGGAUCUGUCACCCUGCUUCGACCGCAGCAUCGUCUCUGGGGUCUGUCAGCCAGGCAGUUGAGCAGAGUGUGGAUAUGCUUACCCGUCCUUUGAAGAGAGUGAAGCUGACUGUCUUGCGCUCGAAAAAGACAUUUCCAUCACUGCCAUCAUCCCCCGAACCAUCAGUAAUCGAUGUUGAUGCCAUUGACACAGCGACAAAGUCUGUCAACGAAGAAGACUUAGAUGCCGCACUUCGUAAGCUACUGUGA